AUGCCAAGUGAAUUACGUGAGCUAAUUAAGCAGGAGCGAAACCUGCGAAGAACACUCAACUCGGUGCGUCAGUUUGCUUCCAGUGGAAGCAUCAAUGGUGAACUGAUAAGUGUGCGAUUGGAACUCCUUGAAGACACUUUCAAACAGUUUAAAAAAGUGAGAACGGAAAUUGAGCUGCAAACUGACCACCUGAGCAACACCACGGACGAGUUUAGUGAUCAAGAGGCAUUGGACCAAGCAAGGGAAGACGAGAAUGUUGGCAUCCUGGUAGAGUUCGAGGAAGACUACUGUGUUGUGAAGAGUGAACUCCUGCGACUGUCGUCAGCGAUUCGAGGAUCAUCAAACGCAACUCCAGCUCCAAGUGUAGUCGAAUCUGUUGGUCCUCCCUCAACUCUGGCAAGGGUGAAGUUGCCGGAAAUAAAACUGCCGUUCUUUAGUGGAAAAACCAAAGAAUGGGUCACCUUUCGAGACUCGUUCAAAAGCCUGAUCCACUCCAGUAAUCAACUUAACGAUACCGACAAGUUUUGCUAUCUUCGUUCGGCCGUGACGGGUGAAGCUCUACAAGCGAUUGCUUCAGUGGACAUCACCGCCGCUAACUACGAGAUCGCUUGGUCAACCUUGGAAAAGCGUUAUGAGAACCGGAAGCUGCUGGUGAAAUCUUAUCUCGAUUCGCUGUUUUCCAUCGAGCCGAUGAGGAAGGAGAGUUACGAUUCACUCAACAUGUUGCUCAGCGAAUUCGAGCGGAACCUCCAAAUGCUGCAAAAAGUAGGCGAGAACCCAGGCCAGUGGAGCACGCUCCUGGUUCACAUGCUGUGUUCUCGCCUGGAUCAAUCCACCCUGCGCCAGUGGGAAACCCACCACAGUUCCAAAGAGGUUCCGCUGUACGAUGACCUGAUGUGUUUCCUGCGCAACCAUUGUUCGAUGUUGGAAUCCAUCGCUCAUCGGAGACCUGAACGACCAGAAAGCAGCGAGAAUCGUUCCAGAUUUGGCGUUAGCAACCCUGCAGUUCCAUCCCAAGUGAAGUGUCCUUUUUGUAGUGAUGUGUUUCAUAUAGCUUUCCGGUGUACCAAAUUCCUGAAACAAACUGUCGGUGAAAGAAAUGUGUCAGUGAAGCGAGCUAGACUAUGUUAUAAUUGUUUGUCCUCCGGUCAUCUAGCUCGCGAUUGUGUGAAAGGUUCCUGUCACCAUUGCGGAAUGCGUCAUCACUCGCUUUUACACCCCAUAUCCUCCGUCUCGCAGCAAUCAGCUCGCCCUACACCUUCAGUGUCUCAGCCUCGUCGUCAGUUUUCAUCAUCAUCACAAACACCACCGAUAUCCAACCAGCCAACCCCGAGCAACCCUCCCAACACUCAACCCUCAACCUCGUAUCCAGUUACACAGCCCAUUCUCACCACAGACCCUCAGCAAGCCAUAGCACUUCCCUCCCACACACCGAACCUUACGAAACAAGUCCUGUUGUCCACAGCCAUUGUUCGAAUCCAAGACACUCUUGGAAAUACCCGUCUAGCCCGAGCCUUGCUCGAUUCGUGCUCCCAGUUUUGCUUCAUGACCACUCGCUUCAGCCAACAACUAAAACUGCAACACGUUCCAGAAAACCUCACCGUUCAAGGCAUCGGUGGAUCACGAGCUGUGUUACGCAAACUGGUGGAAGCUUCCGUUAGUGCUCGCACCGCGCACAUUUCAGCAUUCAAAACUGCUAUGAAUUUCUUUGUUUUGCCUGAGCUGACAGCCACACUUCCUGCAAAACGAGUAGAGUUCGAGAGUUGGAGUUUACCCACAGAAGAUCAGCUUGCCGAUCCCAGGUUUUCGGAACCAGGAGAGAUCGACAUCAUUAUCGGCGCAGAGUACUUUUUCGAUCUGCUUCUGGAAGGCAGAUUUAGAGUGACGAAGGAUGGCCCUAGUCUGCAAAAUUCCGUGCUUGGAUGGAUCAUCGCAGGCACCAUUCCGGAAAAAUCUGCAUCCUAUUCGUUUUCCACUGUGGCAUGUCCAGUAGCAGCGAGAAACAAAUCCGUUGGAAAGCCGACCAGCGAGGAGUUUUCCGCCGAAACCAACAUCCGUCACUACGAUAGAGAAGGUGUCUUUUUGCCGAAAUGUGACCACGUAAUUCGGCAACUGGGGGAGUCGCGUAGCGCAGCAUUAAAAAGGUCUUCCAGCGUAGAGAAGCAGCUUGAGUCCAACAGUGGAAAGAAACUAGCAGAAAGUGGGAAAGAAUCCAGGAAGCAGAAAGCGAAAAGUCUUCAACACAAUACGUAUGUCGAUGAUUCACUCACUACAGUGAAUUCAGUCGACACUGCGAAGAAGUUAAGAAAGGAGGUGAUUGAGUUAGCAGCAGCAGGUGGUUUUUUGUUGAAAAAUUUUAACUCAAAUUCAGCCGACGUACUGUCUGCAUUACCGGUACACCUUAUAGACAAUCGCGCUUCAUUGACUGUGGAUUCUACGAAUGUAGCUGUGAAGACUUUCAGUUUAGUGUGGAAACCUAAGCACUAUGCAGCCAUCCCCCGAGUCGAUCGUCAACCAGAAUGUUUCCCAGGGGAAUCCGACGCUCUCCAGAGAGGACGACCGCUGAAUGCAUCAUCCGCGAUCCUCUUCUUGUAUCAUGUGUUUGUCGUUUGCAUAAUUCGUGUUGGCGGCCGGCUAGCGUACGUACCUAUUAGCGAAGAUAGAAAGCAUCCGAUGAUCCUGUAG